AUGACCGACUUGGCAGAAGAAUUGGAGCGAUUAGGGCUGUCAGAAUAUUUGGAUGUUCUUGUGGCCGAAGGCUUCGAUACCUGGGAAACGGUGUCAGAUAUAACGGAAUCAGACUUAAACUCCCUCAAUGUAAAGAUUGGUCAUCAAAGGUCAGACGAGCAUGCACCCGGGCGACCUCUAUCUGCCUAUGUAGUUUUCGCCAACCAUGUAAGGGAGACUUUGAAGGGCCAAGAAUUAUCUUUCACAGAGAUUGCGAAAUUCGUUGGUGAACGGUGGCAAGUUUUACCAGCGGAAGCUCGAGAAGUCUAUCAAUGUCAGGCCAAGGCCGGAAAAGAGAAAUACCACGCGGAAUUAGCAGAGUACAAGGGAUCUCCCAAAUACGAUGCUUAUCAAAAGUACCUGAAGGAGUUCAAGGCGAAACACGCAGCACCAUACAAUAGUUCGUACGGAAAGGAUACAUUCCAGGUCAGAAACCCACACAAGGACUUCGACGCCAAGCAGUACCCACGAAUACGGCGACCGACGGGCAAAGAAAGAGGCCAACUUAGCGGAACUGAAUUCUUUCAUGGCGGAGCACGAUCAGGAGAGACUAAGUCCAACCGUGAGUCUUCUACGGCUUUCUGGAUAUUCCUCCUCGUCAAGAUUAACAUCUCCAACAAUUCAUUCUCGUGA